GAUUAGAUAGACCGCAGCGGGUGACUCGAUCCAAAAUGGCAUCAAAGCGACAGAGUUUCUUGACAGUUAUUCUAUGCUACAUUCAGCUGGAGGAGCACAGGUUUCCGAACUUGGACAGAAUAGUGAAAAGAGCUAAAGGAUGGCGCGGGUGGUGUUUCUCCAUCCAGACCUCGGUAUUGGGGGAGCGGAGCGGCUGGUGGUCGAUGCCGCUGUUGCUCUGAAGUCUCAAGGAUGUUCCGUGCAGAUCUGGACGGCCCAUUACGACGAAACGCACUGCUUCUCCGAGACCCUGGACCCAGACCUGCCUGUGGUAUGUGUGGGGGACUGGCUGCCCACCAGUGUGUUUGGCUACCUGCACGCCCUGUGUGCCUACCUGAGGAUGAUCUACGUGGCCCUCUACCUGGUCUUCUUCAGCGGGGUGGAGUAUGACGUCAUCUUCUGUGACCAGGUGUCGGCGUGUAUCCCCGUGCUGCGACUGUCCCGUCACAGGAAGAAGGUUCUGUUCUAUUGUCACUUCCCAGAUCAGCUGCUGACCCAGAGGAGGUCGACACUGAAGAGGCUGUACCGCGCUCCCAUCGACUGGCUGGAGGAACGCACCACUGGCAUGGCUGAUAUGAUUCUGGUAAACAGCCAGUUCACCGCAGGCGUCUUCAGGGAGACCUUUCAUAGUCUAAGCAGCGUCCAGACCGAUGUCCUCUACCCCUCCCUCAACACGUGCACAUUCGACCAGCCAUCCACCGAAGCCGAAGGCCUGGAAGGCCUCCUCCCCGAGGGCACCUCCUGCCUGUUUCUCUCUCUGAACCGAUACGAGAGAAAGAAGAAUCUGGGCCUUGCUCUCGAGGGUCUUGCGGCCUUGCGGGGCGGCCUCCCCCCAGGCCAGAGAGCCGGUAUUCACCUUGUGGUAGCGGGGGGCUACGACGACCGCGUCGCCGAGAACGUUCAGCAUUACAAUGAACUGAAAGAGCUGGCAGCGCGGCUCCAUUUGGAAAACUGCGUGACGUUUCUGCGCUCCCCCUCCGACUCGCUGAAGGUGGCGCUGCUGCGGGGCAGCACCGCGGUGCUCUACACCCCCAGCAGGGAGCAUUUCGGGAUAGUUCCCGUCGAGGCCAUGUACUGCUGCUGCCCUGUUAUCGCCGUGAACUCCGGGGGUCCCCUGGAGAGCCUGGCAGACGGGGAGACGGGCUUCCUGUGCGAGCCCACGGCCGAGGCCUUCUCCAAGGCCAUGGAGAGGCUCGUCAGGGAGCCACACCUCCGCAGGGACAUGGGACAAGCUGGGAGGAAGAGGGUGCAAGAUAAGUUCUCUCUUCAGGCCUUCUCAGACCAGCUGCACGGGUACAUUUUGAGGCUGAGCAAGUGAUGUGCAGGCUGGAGGAGAGUCGAGAGAAAACCUUGUGGGAAUGUGAAAAAAGGAUCCUCUGCUGAACUCUGGAAGUGACUAAAUGGCCGCGACCAGAGGGGGUUGAAGUGUACGUCUGCUAACAGAGGAUGUAUGUGUGUGUUUGUGUGUGAGGAGGGUAUUAUGAGGACUUAGAGGACAAUUAAUCAGCAUUCCCCUGGAGGGGUUGCUGAGAGGGAAUAAGGGAUGGAAUCUCUGUACCAAUUAAGAAAAGAGUAACGAGUUUACCUAUCCUAUCUCUGAAAAAAUAACACCCCUGCAAGUGUGUGCGUGUACGUGUAAUUGUGCACAUGCAGCAGCGCGACAACCAACAGCCUAACGAACGAGUCUACCAGCAGGAUUGAUUGUUGGAAAUGUUUUGCACAUUGUUUGCGUGUGUGUGUGUGAUUUCUUGCUCGUCUACAGUAGUCUUUGUCUUUGUGUGUUUUUGGGGAGAGAGAAGAAGAAUGUAGUUAUCACCGUGCGCCAUCAGGCAGUGCACAGUCUCGGAUCAAUAAACGGGAUGCUUUCCACUACUUCCUGUCCACCCAGAGCUUUGUUCCCCUCUUCACAUUCAGAGGACGCUGGCCUGUAUAUGACUCCAGCUGCUGUGUGGAGGUUAUUAGUAGAUGAUAGAGAGUGUUUGGCUUUAUUAGAGGUCUGGCUGAUGGGCAGUGUGUCUGUGUCUGGGUCAUUAUCAACGAGGAGAAUAGCAGAAGGUCAUUGUGUCUGCGCGCUGGCCUCCUCAGCCUUCCUACUGUAUAGAAAUGCUCCUAUUGACAUUCCUGAAGUUUUAAUAAACAAGUAAACACAUA